CGCCGCCGCCGCCGGGCUCUAGACGAUGAACCGCGGGGGAGCCGUGAUCGUGCUCAGCGCCGACGACCCACACGCACUCUUCACCCUGGAGACCUUAACGCAGGCGGGCGUCAUCUUCGUCAUGGGGGUCGCGAUCAUCAUGAGCAACCUGCUCCUCAUCGCCACCUUCGUCAACUUCCGCGGGCCCUCGGAGGUCAUCAACAUCUACCUGCUGUCGCUGUCCGUGGCGGACCUGCUGUGCGGCAUCUUCGUGGUGCCCUUGUCCGUGUACUCGGCGGCCGUGCAGCAGUGGGUGUACGGCGACCUGGUGUGCCGCCUGGUGGGCUACCUCGAAGUCACGCUCUGGAGCGUCAGCGUCUUCACCUUCAUGUGGAUCAGCGUGGACAGGUAUCUGGCGGUGCGCAAGCCGCUGCGCUACGAGACGGUGCAGACCAAGACGCGCUGCCAGUGCUGGAUGGUGUUCACGUGGAUAUCGUCCGCCAUGCUGUGCUGCCCGCCGCUGCUGGGCUUCAACAAGCCGCUGUUCGACCGCGACGCCUACAUCUGCAUGCUGGACUGGGGCAACAUGGCCGCCUACUCGGUGACCGUGGCCAUCCUCAUCCUGGGGCCCAGCCUCAUCACCAUCGUGUACACCUACUCGUACAUCUUCUCGAUGAUGCGCAAGCUGAGGUCCGGGGUGCCCUUGCACGACAAGGAGUACGCGACGGCUCUCACCGAGAACCUGUCCAACCCCAGCCACGUGAUGUCCUUCGUGCUGGUGCUGGCCUUCUGGCUGUCGUGGGCGCCGUACGCCGGCCUCAAGCUCUACGAGCACUUCACCAGCACGCGCUUCCAGGUGCCGUUCCUGCACUUCGGCGUCGUCUGGCUGGGGAUCCUCAACUCCUUCUGGAAGGCGCUCAUCCUCACCGCCAUGAGCCCUCAGUUCCGGCUCGCGCUGCGGAUCCUCUGCCUCACGCUGUGCUGCCGCCACAAGGGCCGGCUGCAGGCGGAGCUCAUCGGCCUGGACGGCGACGACUGAGGACCUCUGGGCGUCGUCUGGCUCGGGAUCCUCAACUCCUUCUGGAAGGCGCUCAUCCUCACCGCCAGAUGAGCCCUCAGUUCCGGCUCGCGCUGCGGAUCCUCUGCCUCACGCUGUGCUGCCGCCACAAGGGCCGGCUGCAGGCGGAGCUCAUCGGCCUGGACGGCGACGACUGAGGACCUCUGGGCGUCGUCUGGCUCGGGAUCCUCAACUCCUUCUGGAAGGCGCUCAUCCUCACCGCCAGAUGAGCCCGCAGUUCCGGCUCGCGCUGCGGAUCCUCUGCCUCACGCUGUGCUGCCGCCACAAGGGCCGGCUGCAGGCGGAGCUCAUCGGCCUGGACGGCGACGACUGAGGACCUCUGGGCGUCGUCUGGCUCGGGAUCCUCAACUCCUUCUGGAAGGCGCUCAUCCUCACCGCCAGAUGAGCCCGCAGUUCCGGCUCGCGCUGCGGAUCCUCUGCCUCACGCUGUGCUGCCGCCACAAGGGCCGGCUGCAGGCGGAGCUCAUCGGCCUGGACGGCGACGACUGAGGACCUCUGGGCGUCGUCUGGCUCGGGAUCCUCAACUCCUUCUGGAAGGCGCUCAUCCUCACCGCCAGAUGAGCCCGCAGUUCCGGCUCGCGCUGCGGAUCCUCUGCCUCACGCUGUGCUGCCGCCACAAGGGCCGGCUGCAGGCGGAGCUCAUCGGCCUGGACGGCGACGACUGAGGACCUCUGGGCGUCGUCUGGCUCGGGAUCCUCAACUGCUGAACCCGCCAGGGUGCACCAGGACAGCGGCAGUAGGCGACCUCAUGAACUACACACUCACUCUCACACGCAGCCAAAGACUUCGGAUUGAGCUUUAAAACUGUACGUAAAACAAACGUCAUCCAAAAAAAAAAAUAACGCUGGACGAUUUUUCCAAUCACUUGUAAGAGUUUCAAGCUCGUUUCUGCUCAUUAAUUUUACAUAGAGUAUUUUAGUAAAACUGUAAAUCUUAAAAAAAAAAAAAAAUUGCGCUGAUUAUUAUUACAUCCUGCAUCAUUGAACUUGUUAUUAGUGAGUCAUUUGUACAUCAAAUGUUUACUCGUGUAAAAUACAAAAAAAAAUAUAUUUCAUUAAGAAAUUGUUCUUCUGAAUUUAAUAAGUAUGUUAGAUACGAUUUGUACUGACUCCAGUCCUAGAUUUAUGAGUCAGUGUUAGCUAAUAACUCUAGAAUCUAGAGUGCUCUAGAAAGAAAGAAAAAAGACAUUGCUGUACAAAAAAACUACCGUAAAACGGGGUGAAUUGCAACAGGAGUGUGAAUUGCAACAAAACAUCGGAGUGUAAUAAUAUCCUUCAUGACGAAAAAACAUAUAUCUUAUGUGGUUUCUCGAAUUCAUUUUCAUAAUAUACAUAAAACAGGGUACCUAAAAAAAUAAUUUCCAAUAUGGCACCCGAAUAUUCCUUGGCGUGGCAUUAACAGAAUAAAUAAGUAAAAAUAUAUUACUUUUCAAAGAGGAAAUAACUUUAUCUAGAAAAAUAUAUUCCUCGUGUUAAGUUAUAUAUUCAAUGGUAAAAAAUUAUUCUUAGUGGUAUCUUGUCAUGAUAUUUAACUUAGGGAAACAACGUUGGAGGCUAUUUAAAUAGUUGAGAAUUUUUUUCUGUAAAGUUAAUCAAGCUGUCUAAAAGUGGGGUGAAUUGCAACAGCUGUUUGUUGUGUGUGUUUGGCUAGAGGUUAUGUCACAGGGUAUACAAUGUUAGUAAUUUGAUGUGUAUUGACAUCAUAACAAUAGUAAAUCAGUGUAACUCGUUUCUCUAGUGUAAUUAUUGUUAAAAUGCCGCGCGUUUAUAUUCGUGAUUCAUGCAGCAGACAAUAUAGAAAACAUUCACAGGAAGUGUUGCAAUGUGCAAUGAGUGACAUUGAAAAAGGCCUAGUAUGCAGUGUCAGGAAAGCUGCUUUGAAAUACAACCUUGACCAUACAGUGCUUUCGCGAUUCAUAAAAAAGAAGAAAAAAGGUGAGACAAUACGACAGAUUGGAGGACAACAGGUUUUACCUCCUGAAGUGGAGACCCUUAUUGUCGACAGGUUAGUACAGGUGAGCGAGUGGGGUUAUCCAAUGGAUGGCUAUGAUUUACGAAUGAUAGUAAAACAUUAUUUAGACAAAAGUGGUCGUCGUGUGAGCAAGUUUGCAAACAACAUGCCUGGGAAAGAAUUUGCUAGGUUAUUUUUGAAACGACAUAAGGGUAGACUUUCAGAGCGCAUGUGUCAGAACAUCAAACGCAGCAGGGCAGGCGUUUCCUAUGAUGAAUUGAAGCUGUAUUUUUCCCAUCUUGAUAUAUCACUAUGUGAUGUUCCACCAUCCCACAUCAUAAAUUAUGAUGAAUCUAACCUACAAGAUGACCCUGGUAGAAAGAAAAUCAUCGCAAAACGAGGAAUUAAAUAUCCAGAACGUGUUGUCAAUCACAGCAAAUCUGCAACAUCUGUCAUGUUUGCAGCAGCAGGUAAUGGUGAUGGCCUACCACCCUAUGUUGUUUACAAGGCACAACAUUUAUAUGAGUCUUGGACAGUAGGUGGACCAAAAGGAGCACGUUACAACAGAACCAUCUCUGGCUGGUUUGAUGCCUCUUGCUUUGAGGAUUGGGUGUCGGAAAUUGCAAUAAAAUAUUGUAACAAAUUAGGACCUGGGAAAAAAGUCCUAAUAGGGGACAAUUUGUCAUCACAUCUCUCUCUUGACACCAUUCAGAAAUGUACCGAACAUGAUAUUUCAUUUGUCUUUCUUCCAGCCAAUUCAACUCACUUGACACAACCUUUAGAUGUGGCAUGUUUUAGACCACUGAAGAUGGCUUGGCGUACAAUACUAACAGAAUGGAAAAAAGGUCCAGGUAGGAAGGAAUCAUCAGUUCCAAAAACCACUUUUCCACAUCUGUUGAAAACACUGAUGUCCAAGAUCGAACCUAACCAGAAGAAGAAUGUAGUAUCAGGCUUCAGGAAAUGUGGAAUUAUUCCGAUAGAUGCUGAGGCAGUUCUUUCUCGUUUGCCUAACCACAGUCUACAUUCUAGAGAAACCAAUGGUGCUGUUGUUGAUGACGUUGUAGUAAACAUAUUGCAGUCAAUGCGGUACAAUGACCUACCAAAACAACGUCAACAAAGGAAAAAAGUUCAAGUCGUGCCAGGUCGAAGUGUCAAAGGAAUGGAUUUUUGUGGUGAUUCGGAAGAAACUGAUGAUCCCGAGGAGUGUGUUGUGCGUGAUAUAUCAGAACCAAUCACUGAUAGAAUAGAAGAGUUGAUAUCGGAGUCACCAUCCACAUCCCUAGAGACAUUGGCACAACCUCACGUGAUGCGAAAUGGCAAGACAUUUAAAAAUGUUUCUAGUGUACAGAUUGAUUGUGUGAAAGAAGGAGACUGGUUGCUAGUACAAUUUCUUAGCCAGUUUUAUAUUGGUGUGGUGCAAAAAUCACCAGAACAAAAAGAUGGCAUGUUUCAGGGGAGUUUUUUGAGAGAGAAAAAAGUUCAUUCUAAAGAUCUCA